UCCAACAGUCGGCUAACAUUUAACCGGAGCAGUCGAAGAGAGCGCCACUGAGUAGUCUCAGCACUGGAGGUUGGACAAAAAACGGAAGCGCGUGCCGCAAAAAGUUUACGGAAAUAUAACAACAUACGCCAGCGAGCGCAGCAGGAAAAGUAAUAAAAAUCCAAAAAAGUUCAUAGCACGCAACACAAAGCGCCAGCGCCACUUGAGCCAAAAAACAAGCGACAAUAAAGCGCAGAAUUUAUUAUUAAAUAAUUGACAAAAAAAAAGAAAGAAAACCGUGCAGUGCAGUCAAGUUGCAAAAAUAACACAAAAUGUGGCCCAACUUUGUUGCUGUCAUAGCGCUGAUGAGUCUAGCGCUGUUCGCCUGGGCGCAAGCUGGACCUGUGCCAAUUGUGAAUGAGCACCAACAGCUGAUGCCCAAGGUGCCCCAAUGGCAUUGCUUACGCUACUUCAAGCACGAUGUGCUGAUGAUGCGACGUUGUCGACACUUGCGCGUGCCCACAGCUCCACGUCUAGGAGAUGUGCUCAUACGCAAGCGUAAGAAAUAGACUAAAGCACAGUCAAAACAUAAACAGCAACAACAAAUGCAGAGGACUGAGCAACAACAAAACGAAUUACAAUUACAAUUAAAUUUAUAUAGAGUAGCUUUUGAACAGGAUUUCUAAACAGACCAAAGCGUAUAACCAAAAAAUAUUUAUAUUUAAAAUGAAUUUAUAUCUAAGCCUAACCAAUUGUACUUCAUAGCGCGUAAGAUUUCAA